AUGGUAAAUCCUCUGUUUUCUCAUGUGUGUUUUUCACCGGGACAGAAUCGUAACUGGGCGUACAGCCAGCAGCAGAGGGUCAUGUCUCAGCGCCAGAGUCAGGAACAGCAGAGACAGCAGGAGGCCAUCCGUGUGGACAGGGAGAGACAGCUGCAGGCCAGUCUGCGGUCAGAGGAGAACUUUGAGAGGAAGAGACACCUGCGACAGGUGCAGGAGGAACUCAACGAGAGGCAAAUGGAGAGCGCUCUGCUAAAGGCAGAGGAGGAGAGAAUAAACAGGGAAAAGCAACUGGAACAAGAGGAGAGAAUAGCUAAAGAGCUGGCCCGCAUCAACUUCGAGAAACAGAGGGACGAGAAAAUGAGGCAGUAUAUCAAAGAGAACAGCAUGGAGCUUCGAGAGCUGGAGUCAAAACUGAAGUCUGCAUAUUUGAACAAGGAAAGAGCUGCACAGAUCGCCGAGCACAAAGCUAUGAAACUGGAGACAAUGCGUGAGGAGGCAGACUUUGCUCGCAAGAUGAAGAGCGACCAUGAGCGAGCAGCCACUGAGCAGCAGAAGCUGGCGCAGAAACGUCACGAGGAGCUGGUGCAGUAUCAGAGGGAGCUGGAGCACCAGCUCAUGGAGAGGGAGCGCAAGAGACAAGAGGCGUACGAGGAGUUUCUCAAAGAGAAGCUCAUGGUGGAUGAGAUUGUCAGGAAGAUUUACGAGGAGGAUCAGAAGGAGAGACAGCUGAAACUGGAGAAGGUCAAAGCCACUAUGCAGCACAUUGAAGAAUUCAAGAGACAGCAGGCUGAGUGGAGACGCAUGGAGCAAGAAAAGAUGGAGGCCGAGAACAGGCGGAUCAUGGAGUUUGCGAGCCAACAGCAGCACACGGAGGAGAGCCGAAUGGCUAAGAUCAGAGAGAGGGAACAAGCCAAAGAGCACCUUCAUAAAAUAUUGUCGAAGCAGAUCGAAGAGGAGAAGCAGCAGCGUGAAGAAAUGGAGCGAGUCCGUGAGGAACUUUGCUUCGAGGAACAAGAAGAGGCCAACAGGCAGAGAGAAAUCGAAGCGAUGGAGAAGAAAAUCAGACAGCGGCUGAUGAUGCAGCAGACCUGCCAGGAGCAGAUGGCUUUCAAAGAGAUGAAGAGGCAGGCAGAGAAAGAGGAAGAGGAGGCCUUCAGGAAAAUAAUGAUGGCUAAGUUCGCGGAGGACGAUCGCAUAGAGCAGAUGAAUGCCCAGAAACGACGCAUGAAGCAACUCGAGCACAAACGCGAGGUGGAGAAACUGAUAGAGGACAGGAGACGGCAGCGUGAGGCUGACAUGGAACUGGAGGCUAAAGAAAGAGCGAUUGAGGAGGAGAGGGAGGCGCUGCGUAGACAGAUCAUUGAAGAAGAGAGGCAGCAACUUCUUCAACGUCACGCAACAAAACUCCUUGGAUACUUACCUAAGGGCUUGCUCCGUGAAGAUGACCUGGAGCACUUUGAUGAAGACUUCAGAAAAAGCUUUAAAGCACGUCAGGCUGACAUCUUGUCUGAAGACGGCUGGGACAGCGAUGAAUAAACGUUUUUCUCCC